AUAGUCAAAUAAUAAUAUAGUCUGUGGUACAACCAUCGUGUGUGUGUUUCAUUUGUUUAAGGUUUUGUUUGGUUUUUUUUUGUUUGCUUAAUGAAUACUGAAUAAUAAUUAACCACUCGGGUUAUAGAAUGCUAACAUAUGUUCAAAAUGCUCGCGAAAAAGGACGCGAUCGCUUUAGAGUUGUACAUCGACGAACCGUUCUGUUAGCUGUUGUGCCGUAGUGACGAAAAUGAUUUCAAUACGAAAAGCUGUCUUUAUCGUUAACACUUUUCUGCUAUGCGUCUUGUUGGUUUUUAACAUUUAUUUCACAAAUGGAGACAUGACCAUUGUCGAUAUAAAAGAAUUCGAAUACGGUGGUGAUAUAUUUUUUGAGAUUACUCAUCCUCCAGAACUACAGUAUACAUAUCGCAUAAGACCGGCCAAAAGCUUUGGCAUCCCUUUUGACAAGGAAAAGUUUCCUGCCAAAAAAACAAAAUUGGUACUUGUUGACCCUCACCAUGGCUGCGAAAUGCCAAAAAAUGCAAAGCAACUUGAAGGGAAUGUCGCGUUUGUGAAAAGAGGUGUGUGUAGCUUCUUAAAAAAAACUGUGAUAUCAGAAAUAUCUGGGGCAAGAGCUAUCGUUAUCACAGACAACAACAUUUAUGAUGACACAGCUUAUAUACACAUGAUUGAUGAUGAAAGUGAAAUGUCUGCCAACAUCCCAGCUGGUUUCCUUGUUGGAAAAUCUGGGCAUUUAAUACACACCAAAAUGUCUGAACUCAUGAUGACAGAACUGCCCAUUGUGUUUCCAUUAAACAUGACUUAUGUGCCGUUACAUGAAAUCAAGCAACCACCGUGGAUAACAAUUUGAAUCUUGUAAAUUCAAUUCAAUUCUAGACUGAAAAUCCCUCCAUGUUAUCGUAUAGUUUUACUGUUUAAUCAUUAUGUAUUGAUUUUAUUUUAUUUAAUAGCGAAUAAUGACUGAACGGAAAUCUCACAUGUUAGAAUAUAAUUGCAGAAAACUGUGGACCUAAUUUUGAAAUAGUUUUAGCCAUAAUUAACUAUAAUUUAUUAUGUAGUUUGUAUAGACGUAUAACAUUAUUUGGUUUAUUUAUUACAGGGUUAUAUUAAACAGGGAGUUAUUUAUAACAUAAAAAUGUAAUUUUUAACCAUAAUAUUUGAGGUAACCGUUCAUUUUUUGUAUUUAAUAUUUAUUUGUAUAAUUGAAUCAACCUAACCUGAGUUAAUCAGGUGGCCAACAAUGAUUCUAACAGUGACAAAUAAAUAAUGAUAACUAUAUGAUUAAUAAAUGUAUAAAUGUAAAAUUAAUAAUAAUACAUCACAUCAUAAAAUUACCAAUUAGAUUUAUAUAAUAAAUAGUGUGUUUUAUUGCAUUUUAAUAAAUAUAUUAGAUUAAUAUAAUUUUUAAUUAA